UUCGUUAUGUGAUUAAUGUUUCACUACUAACACGUCGUACAGUUAUCCAUAAUUUAUUAUUGCGAUACUAACUUUCUUUCGAGAAAUUUAAACGAUAGUUGGUGUUGUCAUUUUUACAUCGAUAUUUGUUUUAAAAAACAGCAAAAUGAAGAGAGUUUUACGUAAAACGAGUCAAACGAUAAAAGAAAUUACAACAAAUAAUACACUAGUUACAAACAAUGAUGCAAAUACGAAUAGUAAUAAACGAAAGGCUAAUAAUCUUCUGCUACCAGGAAAGAAAAAACAAAAAAUAAAUACAGAGAACAUUAUUACAGAUAAUGAAGAGUCAAUAGAUUUUCAAAAAAAAAUACCAAAAGGUAAAAAUACAAAAAUUAAAAAGGAAGAAGCACAAAGCCUCAGCAAUGAGAACUUUAAAGAUAUGCUGAAAGAUGUGAAUCAAUUAAAUUUUAAUAACAUAAAAUGCAAAGAUUGGACUGAUGUAGAUUAUGUGAGCGAGGUAAACAAUGUUGAAAAGCAUAUAGUACAAAAUGUGGUCAAACUUUUCAACGAAGAAAAUACAAUUCCAUUUAUUGCAAGAUAUAGAAAGAACAUGACUGGUGGUAUGGAACCAGAUAAAUUGAGAGCAUUGAAAGAAAGUUUUGAUCAGGCUAAAGUGAUUAAAAAACGAGCUGCAUCUAUAUUGAAAAGUAUUGAUAAAUUAGGACAAUGGACACCUAAUACACAUUCUGCUAUUAUGUCUGCCAAAUGUUUGGAGGAUCUAGAACAUAUAUAUUCAUUCUUCAAGCCUGCAUCCAAGCGAUCCUUAGCUGAAAGAGCAAAGGAAGCAGGUUUAGGGCCUAUAAGUAAUGCUGUGUUACAGGGUCAGACAUUACCUCAUUUAUCAUCUCUUAUCAAUUAUGAAAAGGAUGGUUUAAAAUCUGAGAAAGAGAUUAAAGAAGGUAUUGUACAUAUAAUAGCAGAUAUAAUUUAUAAGGAUAAAGCAGUGUUUGAUAGGGUCAAGGAACUACAAAGUGAAUCUAUUAUAAAAAUACAAACUAAAGAAUGUAAAUCUAAGAAAUCUUCAGAUAUUAAAGAAUCUAAAUCCAAGAAAUUAUCAAACACCAAAGAAAAAGCUGUUAAUAGAAAGUAUGAGACUUAUUAUAAUUUUAUUGGAACAAACAAAACUAUUAGGCCUCAUCAAAUAUUAGCCAUUAAUAGAGGAGAGGCACAAAAAAUUCUUAGAGUGAAAAUCAUCUUGCCAAAUUUUCUUGAGAAAGCAUUUAAAACACACUGUUGUAAACAAUAUAAAGAAGCUAUGGCAUCAUCUAAAUUCCAUGGUAUGAUGAUGAAUGAUAGCAUUGACUAUGCUUAUUCGAAAUUUAUUAGCCCUUUGAUAAUUCGUCGCGUUCGAAAUGAAAUGAAACAAAAAGCAGAGACAGCAUCUAUCGAAGUUUUUGUAACUAAUGUUAAACAAUUGCUCCUCACUCCGCCUGUACGCGGGAAAAUUAUUCUUGGCAUAGAUCCGGGAUUUGUUCAUGGUUGUAAACUUGCAGUAAUUUCUGAACAUGGAAAUGUACUCGAAACGGGCGUGAUAUAUCCGCACAAUAAGACGAAAAACUCGUACGAAGAAUCAGCUAAUAUUUUAAUAGGUUUAGUAAAGAAGCAUAAAUGUACAGUGCUAGCAUUGGGUAAUGCUACCGCGUGCAGAGAAACCGAAGCGUUUUUAAACAAAUUAAUAAAAUCUGACUCGUCCGGUUCGAUAGAUAUUUCGUACACGAUAGUGGACGAAUCAGGAGCAUCAAUUUAUAGCUGUAGUACUAAAGCAAAAUCCGAGUUCCCAGACCUUGAUACCAACGUUGUGUCUGCUGUUUCUAUAGCAAGGCGUCUACAAGACCCACUUGCAGAAUUAGUCAAAGUAGACCCUAAGCAUUUAGGUGUAGGAAUGUAUCAACACGACUUACCAGAGAAGGAAUUAGUUGCUGCAUUAGACGAAGUAAUCUCGGAGGUCGUGAGCUUUGUUGGGGUAGAUGUAAACACCGCGUCUGAGUAUCUUCUAAGAAGAGUUGCUGGUUUAAAUUCAUCUAGAGCAAGCAAUAUCAUAGAAUGGAGAACUGAACAUGGAGCAUUCAGGAAUAGACAACAGAUAUUAGACGUGAAAGGCAUCGGGAGUAAAACAUUUGAACAGAGUGCUGGAUUUAUCAGAAUAUUGCCAGAAACUUCAAUGACUAAUAAUUCAGUAAAAGUUAAAGAUGCUAACGGUUCGAAGAACGUUCCUAAUUUAUUGGAUCAGACAUGGAUCCAUCCUGAGUCAUAUACAAUAGCCCAGCGAUUUUUGAAGCAUUGCGAUUGUAAGUUAGAAGAUCUUGGAACCACCGCGUUCAUUGAACGAAUAAAAUCAUUUGCCAAAGAAGAAUAUGCCGCUUUAGCGACAAAGUUUGGUACAGACGAGACAACGAUGGAAGUAAUAGUUAAGGGUUUAUCUAUGAAAAGAGACGAAGACAUAAGAUUAAAGAGUAGUUUUCCAUUGUUCCGAAAUACCAUGCUUACGAUUAACGAUAUAAGUCCCGGAGCAACGUUAACCGGUGCCGUGCGAAAUAUCACGCAUUUUGGAGUAUUCGUGGAUGUAGGAGUGGGCAGAGCAGCACUCAUACCAACUAAAUGGAUGAAAAAUAAUACAGUUUCGAUAGGUCAGCGCGUCGAAGCGAAAGUACUUACAGUUGAUAUUGAUCGUAACAGAAUUAGCCUAGAAUUAAUGCAAGUUUUAUAA